GAUGCAAAUCCAUGUUUAUGUCCAUGUUCAUUCAACUCACUUACUACUACUGCUACUACUACGACUACUACUACUACCUCGUUACUACUUUAAUUACACCAAACCACAAAUCAUGAAACGGCUUAGAAACCUGAAAUCAACCUUUCGCUCCCGAGAAGCAUUACGACUACUCGGGUGUGAAUUUCAAAUUGCAGUCAUUCAUACACGUCUACGUCCAUUGCUGCAUCUCCUAGACCCAUAGACAUGUUUCUAUAUCCCCACAAUACGUUCUAGAGACUCACAGACUACUUCGUUCCUAACUGCUUGAAAGGCUUCUUCCUUCGCACGACAGCCUUCAAAUGUUGCUCCCAAGUUCUGAGUUCCAGUAAGUUCUCAACCUCCAAAGAUUACAAUAACCCUUUCGACCCCCCAUAUACAGAUGGUGGCAGUUGAUCUUCUGUUUAUGCUAUUAAAGUAUUUUUGGCCGUCGAUUGCUACUAUAUCCUAGUAGGUUUUGAUCUAAUUACUUACUUCCUUCCCCUUGUAAAUUAUCAUUCAUUCAUACGCAAAGUCUCAUGAGCAAAUGACAUACAUCUUUCUAUUCUCUUGUUGCUAUUGAGUCAGGUUACCAUGGGCCUGGAAAUCCUGUCGUUUUUUUCUCUUCUCACCCUCUUACCUAUCCUCACCGUUGCUGAGAUAGGCCCUUUUUAUGGCGAUGAUGCUUUCGAUGCUGGUAGCUAUGGAUCAUAUCCAGUCCAGACCUAUAUGUCGACCGAUGUCGUUUCCCCGCGUUUGAAUAUGUUACGCUCAAGUACACUAUGUCGGAAUGAUUUAUAUUGGGUAUUGAGUCCUCGAGGGAGAUCCAUUAGUAAUCCAGGUCCAAUGAUUUUGGAUUCAGCAGGAAAUUUGAUUUGGACCAAAGGAGGUUAUGAUCAAGUCUAUAAUCUUCAGGUUCAGAAUUUUUUGGGGGAAAAGUAUUUGACCUUCUGGGCUGGAACCGAUGCUGUGCAGGGACAUGGCGCGGGGAGUUAUUAUAUGGUCAGUAUACGUUGUCUCGAACGCAUCUAUUUUGGUUUAUGCUGACUUGCCUAGCUCGACAAAAAUUAUAGGGAGGUUAAUAAAGUCGUUGCGGCAAACGGUCUCGCGGGCGAUUUACACGAUUUUACAAUCACCAAAAACGGCACGGCUCUGGUUACAAUCUACGACGUUGUGGUAGCCGAUUUAUCAUAUGUUGGAAUACCUCAGGGGUAUGUUUGGGAUUGUGUUAUACAGGAAAUCGAUUUGGCUUCAGGUGAACUCUUGUUCCAAUGGAGAGCGGCAGAGCAUCAUCCUGUCUCUGAUACAUAUAGAGAUAUACCAGACGGAGAUGGAGGAGUAAAAUCUGCCUUCGAUUUCUUUCACAUAAACAGUAUUGAUAAAGAUGCCAAGGGCAACUUCCUUAUUUCCAGCAGAUAUUUUCACUCCCUGACCUAUUUAAAUGGUACCACUGGGGAUAUUAUCUGGAUUCUUGGAGGCAAGAAAAAUAUGUUCAAAGAUCUUUCUGGCGGACUAGCUACCAAUUUCGCAUAUCAACACGAUGCCCGCUGGCGCCACAAUCGCACUGCCAUUUCCUUAUUCGACAAUGCAGGUGAUGAUUCUCAUCCAGGAAAUGCUACCCGCGGGCUUCUCGUCUCCCUCGAUGAGAUCAACAUGACGGUAGAGGUCAUUCGUGAGUAUAUGAAUCCUAACGGUAUCCGCGCCAUCUCACAAGGAAAUCUUCAAAUGCUGGACGAUGACCACGUAAUCAUGGGUUAUGGAAACACUGGCGCAUUCACCGAGUACGAUAACAACGGAACCGCUAUUUGUGAUGUACAUUUUGGACCACAAAGUAGAUUUGGAGCUGGAGAAGUCCAAUCAUAUCGGACCUUUAAAUUCGAUUGGCACGGAUGGCCCAUGACCGACCCCGACGUCCGCAUAUUGACCAAUGGAGACGAUUGGUUGAGCCUUUAUGUGAGUUGGAAUGGAGCAACCGAAGUUAGGAAAUGGUUGUUACAAGGGGCUGAUGAGCCUGAAGCGGAAGAGGGGAAGUGGGAAACUCUAGAUUACGCGGACAAAACCACUUUUGAAACAGAGUUUGAAAUCCACCGCAUGUAUCCAAGAUACUUGAGGGUGAAGGGAAUGGGGAGUUACAAUAAUGUGACAGGAGAGGAAGAGUUAUUGGGGGUAAGUUUCCCGCUGGAUUUGAAUUUAGAAAAGGUAAGGCUGACUUUGUCUUUUUUCUUGCUUUAGGCUUCGAGAAUCUUUAAUGCUAAUACUGGAACGCAGAUUUGGUCGCUGAAGCCUGUGAAAUUGGAGGGGCCCAGUAGUUGGCCAUUGCUGACGUUGAUGGUUUUUGCGGGGGUUGCCGGGUUAGUGGUGGGAGUAAGGGAAGCGAUGAUUUGGAGGAGAAGGAAAAGAGGGCCUAGUUUAUUGAGGUGGAGGCCUCGGGGUCUAGGAGUCCCAUUGUUAUCCGGUUAGAGGGCAAGACUUGGGAAACGGAGCAAAACGGAGGUUGUUUGGAAACUUCUGGGGGGUUCCGGUCGAAUUUCUAUCCUGCACAUAAAAGACACAUUUUUAGCUCUUUGCUUGUUUGAACAUUUCCUUCUUUGGGAGAGAAAGCAGCCGCGAAUACCCAUUGCAUAUACUCAUGUAAAUACCUACCAGUCUUUGAGUACAGAAUAAAAUGAAUGUGCAAUCCACG